CAACCGAGGGCCAUUUCUUUCGACCUGCGUGCCGCCCCACCCGAACAAGAUGAUGCAAGCUCCGGUCAUGGUCCUGAACACGAACACCCAGCGGGAAACUGGACGCACUGCCCAACUUGGCAACAUCCAAGCCGCCAAGGCCGUGUCGGAAAUCGUGCGCACAACAUUGGGUCCCCGAAGCAUGUUGAAGAUGCUCUUGGACCCCAUGGGGGGUAUCGUGAUGACGAGCGAUGGGAACGCCAUCCUUCGUGAAGUCGAUGUGUCCCAUCCGGCCGCGAAGAGCAUGAUUGAGUUGAGUCGCGCCCAAGACGAAGAGGUCGGCGACGGCACCACGUCGGUCAUCAUCUUGGCCGGGGAAAUGCUCGUGGUCGCGGAACCUUUCCUGUCGCGCCAAGUCCACCCCACCGUGAUCAUCCGUGGGUACCACCAAGCUCUUCAAGUGUGCUUGGAAACCGCCCAGCGCAUGGCCAAGCAAAUCGACAUCCACGACAAGCCUUCGAUGCGCAACUUGAUCAUGUCGAGCGUCGGCACCAAGUACUCGCCGCGCGUGGGCAACAUCGUGAGCGACUUGGCGCUGGAAGCGGUGCUCACGGUCAUGCGCACCAACUCAGUGACGGGCAAGAAGGAAGUCGACGUGAAGCGAUACGCCAAGGUGGAGAAGAUCCCUGGCGGCGAAUUGGAAGAGUCUCGCGUCUUGUCGGGAGUCAUGUUCAACAAAGAUGUGACCCAUUCCAAGAUGCGCCGACGCAUUGAAAACCCCCGCGUGCUGCUGUUGGACUGCCCGCUCGAGUACAAGAAGGGCGAGUCGCAAACGAAUGUAGAGCUCACGAACGAACAAGACUGGAACACACUGCUGCGUCUAGAAGAAGAGUACAUUGAGAACCUGUGCGCGCAGAUCGUGGCCAUGAAGCCCGACAUUGUGAUCACGGAGAAGGGCGUGUCGGACCUGGCGCAGCAUUACUUUGUCAAGGCCAACAUCACAUGCUUCCGCCGGCUGCGCAAGACAGACAACAACCGCGUGGCGCGGGCCACGGGCGCCACGGUCGUGAGCCGCGCCGACGAGAUCCAGGACUCGGACAUUGGCACCAAGUGCGGCGUGUUUGAAGUGCGCAAGAUCGCCGACGAGUACUUUGCGUUCUUUGAGCAGUGCCAGGACCCCGGCGCAUGCACGAUCCUCCUUCGCGGCGGGUCCAAGGACGUGCUCAACGAGAUCGAGCGAAACCUCCAGGAUGCGCUCCAGGUGGCGCGAAAUGUGGUGUUUGAGCCGCUGCUGCUGCCUGGCGGGGGGGCGACCGAGAUGCGACUGGCCCACGAGCUGCGCCAGCGGGCACAUGAAGUGGUCGGCGUCGAGCAGUGGCCGUUCAAGGCGGUGGCGGACGCGCUCGAGGUGAUUCCGCGCACGUUGCUGCAGAACUGCGGCGCCGAUGUGGUGCGGGUGAUGACGGCGUUGCGCGCCAAGGUGGCGGCGUCCAACGGCGGGUGGGCCGUCGACGGCGUCAAGGGCGUGGUCGUGUCGUCGGAAGAGCUGGCGGUGUGGGAGCCGUUCCAAGUGAAGACGCAGACGAUCAAGACCGCCGUGGAAGCCGCGUGCAUGUUGCUGCGCAUUGACGACAUUGUGUCGGGGUUGAAGAAGAAAAACUAAGACCCAUAUGACUAGUAGUAGUAGUACGACACACACAAACACCAAUAUACCGUAACUAGCC